UUAAAUGUUAUCUCCCAACUAGACAAUUAAUAACUCAACGAAGAAAAGGAAACAUCUCAUUUCUCUCAUAGAGAUUUAUAAAUUUUGAAACUAAUAUAUAUGGAACAAGAGUGGCGCCAUGCUGUUGGGUAUAUUAGUAUGCACAGUUCUGUGCUUCAUCAAUAUCGUUAAUUCGGCUCUUGUUGUCGACGUCGAGAACAUGGUUAUGAACUUAAAACAUGCCCGACUUUAUUCUACAACAGCAACAUCGUUAAAAGCUGUACUUGGUCUGCCUCCAGACGUAGACCUAAUGAGAACAGCAACAAUCCAGACAGCUCAGGGUAUUACUAAAAGUCGACACAAAGAAUUGUUUCAAGGAAAACCCGUGACAGGUGCAGGAGUAGAAGCCUGUGUUGAUGACCAAGGAAAUUACUUGCGAGGCAUUGUUACAGGAACCAUAGUCUUGAACAUUGACAAUGAUCUGCCUCUAGAAAAAGACUGUAAUUUGACACCACCCGAUGCGGUACUAAUGGUUUUAGCAGCUGAAGGUUUGACGGACAAUGUGAAUAUAAACGAUCAACAUAUUGUUGAUACUAUCUUUGUUGACGAUAAGAAAAUAGCUCAUAGGGCCUUUGAGGUGGAAUUAUUUAUUCCUCAGUUACAAUUACAACCUUUUUAUGUCAUUGAUAGAUGUAGUUGGCAGAUUCUUGACUCCUUUAAUAAAAUAUAUCGAUUCGCGGGACCGACUGCAUCAACAGAUUGGUAUUGGAAUCCGGGGACAACUGCACAGCUUGACCCAAAUAUUCCGGCCAUUAACCUUUUAUCAACUAUCAACCCACCAGUUCAAGGUAUACCAGUAACGAGUAAUAAUGCUGGACCAACAAUUGUAAAUCCACUGCCCACAGCUGUUCCCCAGACGUUGCCCCCGACAACUGUACCCGUUGUUCAGACUAAUAUUAUUACCACCAUUAACCCAGGUCCUAUUCCUCCCCAAAUUACCACUGAUGUAGCCACAAAUCCCAACCCAUUACCAACCGAUUCAGGAACUGCAAUUCCAGCACCAGUACCCAACCAAAUCACCAACAAUCCUAUUACUAUUCCCCUUCCAGCUACUAAUGGCCCGGUUACACUUCCACGUCCCUUAACAGUAAACCCCGGAGCUACCAUCCCCAUCCCCACUAACAACCCUAUUCCAACCAAUAAUCCUAUUCCCACUAACAAUCCUAUUCCAACCAAUAAUCCUAUUCCAACCAAUAAUCCUAUUCCCAUACCGACAAACAUUCCAAUCCCCACCAACAAUCCAAUUCCAACAAAUAAUCCAAACAACCCUUUUCCGAACAAUAUUCCAAUUGGGACCAACAAUCCUGCAAAUUUCAUAGAUCCACUUCCGUUAAUGACGACUGUUUUUCCAAUCAAUGCAUGUCCCACAAUAGCCGUUGGAAUCGGAGGCAAUACUAAAACAAAGCAGUAUUCUUACGGGGUACCACCUCGUUGCCUUAAUCCCCAGAUAGUAGGUGAUCAGUGUUUUCUUGAGAAUCAGUUUGUAAAGGUUGUUGAUUUGGAAGGAUCUAUGUUCGUUUUCGCUCCGGAAACGGCAAACUUUACAUGCUCGGCUGGAUAUCUUGAUGCCAUAAAUGGGGCAUUUUCGCCAGCUCUGGAUGCUUACUUUUUUGCUAGUACCUCUGGUAGAAUGUAUCAACAAUGGUACGGUAUCCCGCCCAUGGUAAAGAAACCUGUCGUUCAAGUCCACUACGGAGUAAAUAUUGACAACGCUUUUUACAACCCAUACAGCAAUGUUCUUACGUUUGGUGAUGGUAAUUUCAUGACCUUUCCUCUAGUUAGCAUGGAUGUUGUAAGCCAUGAGUUAGCACAUGGCAUAACCACUCUACACUCGAACUUGCGUUACAAAGGCGAAUCGGGUGGAAUCGAUGAAUCUUUUUCUGAUAUGGCUGGAGAAGCAGCUGAAGCGUUCUUCCAGACCAAUGACUGGUUAGUUGGAAGUGAUCUCAUGAAAACUCAAGGAGAAGCAUUUCGGUAUUUUGACGAUCCUACAAAAGAUGGUAAUUCAAUAAAACACAUCAACCAGUUUAAGAAAAGAAUGGAUGUUCACUUUAGCAGUGGUAUCUUCAAUCACGUAUUCUAUCUUAUGUCCACAGUUUACGGAAUAAACAUAAGAUAUGCAUUUGAAGCUUUCCUGAAAGCCAACCAACUCUACUGGAAAUCUAAUGAUGGAUUUGUGCAGGCUGCGUGUGGGGCCGUGCGAGCUGCUUAUGAUACUGGGAUUGAUGUAUUAAGUGUGAUAGACGCAUUCGCACAGGUCGGCAUAACAACGUGUAAUAUAUCUACAUUUAUAGAAAAACUUGAUCCGUCCUUAAUACGGGAUGGCCUACGGGUUUCAAGUAUCAUUCAACCAAUGUUUCGUGUAUCGGUACCUCCAAUAAACACGGGUAUAACAAUACAAGCUUAUUCGGCAAAGAAUGAUGUCAUUGGCAUUCUUCUUACAGAUUCUAUUUCCAGAGAUGUCCCAGAAAUAAACACUGCUCUAAACUAUAUGUCAUAUACUUUACCAGUUAAUUCCACACGUCAGUUUUAUAUACGAUUAUAUACAUAUACUGAAAAACUCAUUCCAGCGGUAUCUUUAGCGAUUAAGUUCAUAUAAAUAAAAAUAUUUUCUACAAAA